AUGAAUGCCUUCCAAAAUGUACAGGUGAUUCUCACCAAAAGUGUAGCAGUAUCCCUGAUUCUUCUGUUUACCUACGCAUCUCUGCGCUCCGUUUACAAUGUCUUUUUCCACCCCCUCCGACGUGUGCCAGGCCCUUUCUUGGCCAAGAUUUCUCGGCUGUGGCUUUUCUACCACGACUACCAUGGAAAUCCCCACAAUCACAUUCGAGAACUCCAUCGGAAACUAGGUACGGGCAAGGAAUCUAUCUCGCAAUUUUGCCUUUCAUGUCUUCGAAUUUGUCUCUCAAUGUUAUUCACACGAACACCCUCAGGCCCGCUUGUUCGCAUAUCGCCAAACGAGGUAUCAGUCGACGAUGUCGAUGCCAACAAUACCAUAUACGCUCAGAAUAAUCCAUGGGUCAAGCCGGCGUACCAUUACAAGGCUUUCCAAAGCUCUACAGCAUACAGCAUCUUCACCGAGCUGGAUCCUCAGACUCACGCUGCACACUCUCGUCUCUUGGCACCCGCCUUUUCACAGACAAGAGUCAGUGCGACGGAUGCGCAGCGGCUCUUGUGGGACAAAUGUGAAGCCAUGAUGGAAGGCAUGGACAAUAAGCUAGGAGCGGAGAAGCACGAGGGUGGAGCCUCCAAUACCCUCACCAUGAGUCUCGGCAGGUGUUUUCGCAGCUUUGCUCUGGAUGUAGUCACAACGUGGACAUUUGGCCACUGUGCUGAGAGCCUACCCACCUUCCACUCGGACUUAUUCGAGAUACUUGAUGUAGCAGCCGAGAGUGUGAUAUAUUUCCAGCACAUACCCUUUUUACGAGCCUUGAUUCCCUACAUUGCACCGCUGGUGCCAUCGCUUGUUCCAAACAAGAUUCUAGGACAGUACGCCAAGAAAGCCUUGGAGGCAAACAGGGCGGCUCUGAAAGGCCUCCGCGAGGUCGUUCCUUGUGUAUUCUCGAACCUUGUCUCCUCUCAGUGGCAAGAAAAACGCGGAUAUAGCCCAUCGGAUGGGCAAAUUAUUUCAGACGGGAUUGUGAUAUUGGCAGCCGGAGCCGAUACGACAGCAGCAGCCUUAUCAAUUGGCAUUCAUUGGCUAGCAAGACAGCCAGACCUGUGGAAACAGCUUCAAGAUGAACUUCGACCAGUAAUGAAUGGCUUUGAAAAGCCUCCUCGUAUCGAAGCCCUUGCUGCAUUACCUCUUCUCAACGCUGUUCUCAAAGAAGGGUUGCGAGUGUCCUGCCCUAUUCGCGGCCAUAUGCCCCGAGUCGUCCCUCCAGAGGGUUGGAACUACAAAGGAAUACACUUUCCUCCUGGGACGGUUAUAGCCACUUCGGCCUUCUACGGAUGUUACAACGAGACAGUUUUCCCUAACCCCGAGUGUUACGACCCCACGCGAUGGUUACCGCCAAAACAUUCGAGCAAGAUGGAGGCCCAUCUUCAACCAUUCUCCAGAGGCACCAGACAGUGUAUUGGACAAAAUCUGACGCUAGCUAUGCAACGAGUGGUCAUUGCAAGUAUUGUCUACAACUUCCAGCCGGUUGCAGUCGACAACACAACCAUCCGAACCAGGGAGUUUGUAACAUUGCUGGUAGAUUCUCCUCUUGAAGUGACGUUGGUUACUACCAAUCGUCUAGACCAGCAUUGAAUCCAUAGCCGCGGGGAGGAGAACGGG